CUUUCUUCUCAAAAUUUACAACUCGAUUCCCUUCCUUCCGUUUCCCAUUUCCCAAAAUAAAAAUCGAAACUUCGCUGAAACCCACUUAAGAUUUUGCUUCGAAAUCUUCAUUCAUCCCUUUUUCUUCAGAACACCCACAUUUUGUUCUUUUUACACCCCCAUUUUUUCUCUUUCUGGGUUAGCAGAAAUGGCGUCGAGUAUAGGCAUGAUGGAUAGUGCCUACUUUGUCGGCAGGAACGAGAUUUUGACAUGGAUCAACAACAGGCUUCAACUCAAUCUCUCACGCGUUGAGGAGGCUGCAUCUGGUGCAGUACAAUGCCAGAUGAUGGAUAUGACUUAUCCAGGGGUUGUUCCAAUGCACAAGGUGAACUUUGAUGCAAAGACAGAGUAUGAUAUGAUCCAGAAUUACAAAGUUCUGCAGGACGUGUUCAACAAGCUGAAAAUUGACAAGCAUAUUGAAGUUGGCAGACUCGUCAAAGGCCGACCUUUGGACAACUUGGAGUUCCUCCAAUGGCUGAAACGUUACUGUGAUUCUGUGAAUGGUGGCAUUAUGAAUGAGAAUUAUAAUCCUGUGGAGCGAAGGGUUAAGGUUGGAAAGGAUCGAAACCUUAAAUGCUCUUUGAAGAGCUCAAAAUCACUCCAAACAAAUAUUAUGAAUAAUUCUGGUUCAGGCAACACACUCAAUCCUAAUAGAACCUCUGUGGCCAAGCAAUUCAGGUCAAGUGGAGCAGCAGCAGAGACUAAUUCUUCAGUAGAGAUUCAGGCUUUGUCCAAAGAGAUUAUUGAUCUCAAAUCUGCAGUGGAUCUCCUGGAAAAAGAAAGAGACUUUUACUUUGCAAAACUACGUGAUAUAGAAAUUCUUUGUCAGAUUCCAGAAGUGGAGAAUGUCCCUAUGUCCGUAGCAAUUAAGAAGAUUUUAUAUGCUGACGAUGCAAAGGAAUCUGCAUUAGAUGAAGCUCAAGAUUACCUUAAUCAAACUGUGAACGCUGUUGAAGCUGAAACAGAAAUUGAAGCCUGUUAGUCCCAAAACUAGCUCCUGGUUGGUAUUCAAAAGAUAUUUGCCAGGCUUGCUUCUAGACAAACUAAUGCUGUCUUUGAUUAUAAGACCGGUGACCCUUCCCCGAGCUGUGGCCACAAAGUGCCAUAUAAUAAAAAAUGUUGUAUGGUGCGUUCGUUUCUU